CCCGCUUCAGUUAACAUGCCCCCGCAGCCGUCUGAGUGUGGAGGCACGAGUAGAGUGUUGGCGAGCAGGAAGUGAUGCUGUUACCUUAAUGAAGAGUCAGGUUGAUAAAUAGCUCGUUCUCCCGACAUACCGUACCAUUAAAUCCAGCCUUUAACUUUAACAAAACACAGUACUCUGUUCAUUUAGUGGAUUACUGCUACUUUCUUGUACUUUAUUUUUACACUGAGAGAAAAGAAAGAAUGAAACUUGCCAUAUUGAUUCUGUUCCUGCUGGGAGCAGUCUGCGCUAAUCCAAUCUUGCAUAAAAUGGCUAUGGAGAUGCUUAAACAUGCAUCCAACUCUUCAGAAAGUUCCUCAAUAUCUGAAACUUCUGAACAGAGCAUUACCUCAGAACCUUCCAAAGAGAAGUCCAAGGAAAAUACCUCUGACAGCAACAGCUCAGAAUCACUUGAGUCUGAAUCAGCUGAACCGAUCUCUAAAGAGAGCCAACAGCACUCAGUAGAAAGUCUGACUGGAAUAAGUGAGACUGCAGUGACAUCAGAUAACACUCAAAGCAGUAAAGAGAAAUUUCGUAGGGGCUGGAUAUACACUCUCAAAUGGGUCAAUGCAAACUACACCAGCAAAGUGCCAGCAAGCAGUCAACUAGAUGAGGAUGACCAAACGGAUGAUGUACAAUCCAUUGACAACACAGACAAGUCUACUAAUGCUGUAUCAAAGAAAAGUGAAAGCAGUGAAUCGAGUGAGAGCCAGGAAAUGGUUGCUCUGAGCAGCAAUGGCACAAAGGAAGAGGAUAACAGUGCCAACACAAGUGAAAGCACAGAACACAGCUUCACUGUUGAUGGUGCUGAAUUUAGCUCCAGCAAUAGCAGCAGCAGCAGCAGUAGUAGUAGUAGCAGCAGUGAAAGCAAUGAGAACAGUAACAGUGCAGCGGAUGACAACAGUCACUCAACUGAGUGUCUACCUGGGACCGACAGCAAAGAAUGUGACAGUGAGGAAAACUUUCCCCAGGAUAUCGGUGAUGAUGGUGCAACUGACCCUUUCAAUGGUUUCCUAAUGCCUGAUGAAUCUGAGCUCUAGCAGCAGUAAAAAAAUAAAAUAAAAAAAAACAUACAUUUAUAUUAUUCAAUGCUCUGAUAUACGCAAGUGGAAAUCCCAGGAACAUAUUAGAAUGAGAAUGUGUUUUUAACAAUUAAAGGGAGGGUAUUUAAGUACAUUUCUGGCUAUUCUAAUAUAAACAGGUCAAUAUAGCCUAGAUUACUAUAUUAUUUUUAAUAAUUUAUUAAUAUAUAUAUAUAUAUAUA